AUGACUGACACCGACACCAAAGACAAAUCGGCGACGCGUCCAAAGACUCAGAAAAGCAGUCCAUCGUCGUCGUCGUCGUCGUCCUGGUCUCUUCCUCAACCCAUUCGUCGCAUCUUCGAUCGAUUUCCCCUGGUGACAUAUCCCGCAAAUCCCUUGCCCCAGCGGGUUCCUCGACAUCGACACGAGAAUAUCCUUUGCAUAUUCCAGUCUGAUGAACCGACUUCUCGAGAUGGGCCUUCCUUCAACCCAUCUUGUUUGAAAUGGCAAGCCUAUCUCAAAUUCCACGGCAUCCCUCUCCGCACUCGUCCAUCGAACAACCACGCCUCCCCAACCGGCGCUCUUCCUUUCCUUCUACCUGCGUCCAGAGACUUCGCUCGGCCAGUUUCUCCCAUUCCUGUAAAUCGAAUAGUGAAGUGGGUGGUAUCUCAAGGGGGGAAAGAAGAGGUAGCACAGUGUCGGCAGGACGCAUACACGGCCUUGAUCGACCAUGCCAUAAGAAGCGCCUGGCUCUACUAUUUGUAUCUGGAUGAGGACAAUUUCAAAACCGUUGCAUGGCCACUGUACGUUGCAUCGUCUUCGUCAUCCUCGGCCGUCCGGCUGUGCCUAGCUCAUCAGCUACAAGCUGCUGCGAGGGAAGAACUACUGAAAACAAACGCUGUCAUCGACCCCCAAGAACUGUACUCGCAGGCUGAGCAGGCAUUUCAAUCAUUGUCUAUUCUGCUCGAAGACGAUAGGUUUUUCUUCGGUCAAUCCACGCCGGGCCUUUUCGACGCCAGCCUCUUCGCAUACACUCAAAUCAUUCUUGAUGACCGCCUCUCCUUCAAGACACAGACGUUGAAGUCGGCCGUGGAGAAGCAUCCAAACCUAGUCCAACACAGAGACCGCCUCCUGCGCGGCUUCUUCUCUAGCUGA